AUGUUAUGUUUGGAUAAAGAGGAUGAGAUAAAAUUUUCCAAAAAAGUCUACUCGCCGCGAAAUAAUCAGGAGCGGAGCAAAUCCCCCAUUAGUGGGGGUGCAGCCGACAAGAGGGUGCACCUCCGUAAUGUGCAGCAUGGACAGCAUGGAUAUCAUGGGCAAAAUGGCCCAAGUGAUCCCAGUGGUCUCAGUGGCCCAAAUAGCAAGCUACUCGCCGGAAGCGCCCCGAGCAACAGCACCAACGAAACAUUCACUGAUGAAGUAAUAUACAUAAACACCAGCUCGUGCAAUUCGUUCGUCUACAUAAUCACGAAAAUUUGCUUGUAUGUGUUUGAUAAUUACGAUUUUUCCUUCGUUACUUUAUACGCUUUGAAACAUCACAAUGUUGAAAAGUACGGGCACCACAACAAGGUGGUUUUGUCACCCAUUGAUAACACUAUAUAUAUAGUUAGCACAAAUUUGAAAUAUGUGUAUGCGUACAAUAUAUCGAACAAAAAUGACGUUGUUAUGUUGGAUUAUGAAAAGAAUGCACACUCGAUAAAUAUUUUGGAAUAUUCUGAUGAUGACUCGAGCGAAAAUGAAAAUGAAUAUUAUGCUUACAUCACCUAUAUUAAGAAAAAGUAUAGGAAAAAAAAAAUACAUAAAUAUGUGUGUAUAAAGCUCUUAACUGUUCUGUACCUCCCCAUUCCCUCCAAUUGCUUGAUGAUAACGAAAAGUAACAUUUUAUUUUUUUCUUACAACACGGAUGAAAUAUUUAUUUCGGAAAAUGUGAAAUCUGUCUUGGCUGCCACCUCGCGUCAUAACAGUGCGGCGCCUCAAAGAAACGUUAUUCCCAACGUGGGAGCAAAUGACACACAUAACAAGAAAUUGCUUUCAAACGCAGACGGGGCCGACAGGAACAAUAGUGUUAACAUGGUUGUUAUUAACACACACAUUGUAAGCCUUAAGGGAAUUUAUUUUAGGAGAAAAUCCAGGGGGGGCAACAGAUUCUCAAGAAUAACUAAAGAGGAAAAUAAUAAAAUGUGCAGUGGGAACCAAGUCUGUGCAGAUACCAAGCACAUUUUAGGUCUUCUCCAACGAAUCAGUCAAAAAAAAAAAGUGGCCAAAAAAACUGGUCGUGUAUAUUAUUCCCCUAAAAAAGGGUGGAAAGUUAGGGUUCGCGUGGGGAAAUUUCCAGCCGUUCAACAUGUCCAGGCGUACUGCAACCAUCUCAGACGCGGCUUGUUUCCAUCGCGCGGGGGUUACACGGCAAUACGUAAGAGGAGGAAAAAAAAAAGGAGAAACAAUAAUGUUAAUCGAUGCGGUGAUGGCAGUGCCAGUUGCAUGAAGCGACAUCCGGACUGGAGGAUCUGCAAACCCACCUACCUGCAUAGCGUCAAUCGAGAAAACAACCUGUACAAGUUUAUAAAGAGCAAAAAAGUCGGCAUAACAAAUAAACACAUGAGAAGAAUCGCCAAAGAAGGAAUAGUAAAGGUAGAAUUUAGCGAGCACAACGAUUAUGUGUUACUACUAACUCGCGAGGGAGAUUUUUACAUUUUCUCCUUUUUUCAUCAUUUUUUCAAUGUUCCGAAAAGUGAGUCCUGUUACCAUUCUGGGAGGAAUGUCCACGCUCGAUUCUUCAACGGGGUGAGCAUGGCAAACAGAGAAGGUCCAAAAAUGCAAAAAACAAAAAUGCAGAAAGGGAGUCAGCAAACAAGUAGUCCUAACCAAUGCAGAAGUGCUGUAUAUAACAAAGCUGAUGUUACACACAAUGAAGAACUAACAAUAUCUCAUAAUGAAAUCCAAUACCGCCAUAACGAUGUAAGGAAGAGAAAACAAAAACCGGUUAUUGGCAUUUACGUGGGUUCCUGUAUAAUAGACGUAAGUAUGAACAUUUACAGAAAAAUGAUUUUAGUAAUAACACAAGAUUUGAUCAUAAAAGCAUAUGGGACAUAUCCAUACGUGUGCAAACACACUUUCCAAAAAAGCAUAUUUAAAAUAGACACAUUUAAUGCGUGGUGCAAUUCACACCAUUACUAUAACUUCCUGCUGUGGAACAAGCAACAUAAUUUUUUUCUCAUCUCUGUAAAUCAAAACAGUUAUUACAUUUUUAACACAAAUGGAACUUUGUACUAUUCGAUGAAGCAGGACUCUUCCUCCCCGCAUGAAUCAAACGAAAAUGUGGAUUACCUAGAAAAUAAUCAUCAGGAUGGUUUACCUCCACCUGGCGUAGUCUGUCCAGAUGGUGUUCCUCCCAAGAGAAGCACAAAACAUAGGUCCACAUUCAUGAGCAAUCGAUUGUGCAACCGUAAACAAAAUAGCAUAAAAGACGCACAUGUAAACAUAUCCUUCGUCUUUAAUGAUUUCAAACUUUUUCAUGCUUUUGGGAAAGACGAAAGGCAUCAUUACAUCAAAGUAAAAAAUGUUUUGUACCUAAAUGACAUAUAUAGUAAUAACAAGACAUUUCAUUAUAAUAGUAAUUACUACACAAAUGAGAAGAAUCAGAAGGUAUACAUUGGAUUAAAUAAAAUUGUCAUGUUUGAUACGAACAUCAAUAAUUUUAAUUUGAGUAAUCAUGAAAAGAAUGUUCUGAAUAUACAGGAAAUUAUAACUCCUUUUAAGUACGUGAAGAAGUGCUACUCAAACUUUAGCAAUAAGUACAUGCUAAUCAUUUCUAAGUCCAUCUGCAUUUACAGCUUUCAAAAAAAAGCCUUUUCAUAUUUUCUUGAUGAUUAUCUCAAAUUUUUUUUUCACAACUAUCCAGCGGGGUGGUUGUUUGAUGAUAUUUUUUUUGUCACAUGUUUGCACAACAAAUAUGAUGAAAAUAAUUUUCGGCAUUUCAAAAAGGACGAUUUGGGCACAGGCAGGGGCAGCAUAUUUUUCAGGAGGGCUAUGACUGGUGAGGGUAACAUGAGCUUCGAGUUAUUCAGCAUGGACUACGGGACUGCGGAGGUUCGAAUUGCUCCCGAUGGGGGGGGAGAAGCAAACGGAGAGCAUGAAUCGGAUGAAGCGGAGGUCGGGGAGGACGCAGAAGGAGAGGAAGAAGCAGAUGGAGAGAGCGAAUCGUUCGAGUCGUUCGAAUCAGACAGAUCAUCUAGAUCGUCCAAAUCGAAGGCGAGCGCAGCCCCAUCUCUCGAAGAUCCCCCGAGGGGCAAAGACAUCCACGAGAAAAUGGAGAUCCCCAAAGAGAACAAAGAUCAGCGCGCUGUGGAGGAAUCGAAGUUGCUAAACUAUCUCUUCAACAUCAACCAUAACGAAUCGGACAUGUACUACAAAUACUUUGAGGAAUAUUUUAACAACAACAAGGGGAACAUAUACUCCAAGCCUUUCUCCGUGUUUUACAAUAAUUUCUUCCUGAAGGAAGAUGAAAACGUGUUUUCAGGCGCUUAUCUGAUGGAACAGCGCAGGGGGCAGGACGUAACCCUUGUUGGGGAGAACCAUCCGCACGGACACGUCCCCUUUGAACAUGCUGAAAAAGGGUCAAGUGGUGAACAAAACUUACCCUGCGCUGCAGAACCAUACGAUGAUGAAACAACGGACCUUGCACAUAACUACUACAGAGAGUUGCAAAGGAAAUUGAGUGCUUCCACAGAAUGGAGCGCAAAUGUGGAUAACGCAGAAGAGACACACGAUGUUAGCGAUGGGAAAAAACACCACAGCAGUGAAAACCAGAACGGGGAGAGCAGUUUUUCAUACGAAAGUAGCUCUUCCUUACACAGUAAUGCAAGUGUGCCUGAAGGCGGAGGAUUAAGAAGUACUUUAAAAAAAACAAAUGACAAAAGAUAUAGUUCCCAUUAUGGCAUCCCCCUUUAUGAUAACACACACAAAGCUAAAGUGAAAAUAAAUCAAAAAAAAAAAAGCGAGCAGGACUAUGUAACUAAACUGACACGCUUGUAUGAAGAAAUUAUUAGCAAAAAUAAUUUCUAUUAUAUCAUAUAUCUUUAUAACAUACAUAAUGCCCUGCGGUUUAACAGCUACACAUUGUCCAUAAAGCUGUUGUAUAGGCCUAUAUUGACCCAUGUUUACUACGACAAAAGUUUCCCAUUCGAAGAAGAAGAUGGAGAAAGCAGGGGGGAGAUGAACACAAAUUCCAACGAGUCAACCUCGGCAAAUAUGUCCACAAUAAACCACAUGAGCAGUGGAAGGUUUCUAAUAGUGCUGGACGCAUUUUACAAUUUAUUGUGCUUUAAAAUUAGUAAAGUAAAAAGCAAAGAUGGAGAUAAGCAGGAAUAUUUUUUAAAAUCGGAAAACAUUUUUAUUUUGCCUCUAAAUAGGGACAAUAAAUUUAUCGAGCCAAGAUGCUUUUACACACUUUUCGAUAUCUUCCAUUAUGUGUUUCUUAAUUAUGACAAUUCUGUUUACUUUCUCCAUAUUUAUGUAGACAGCAACAAUUGUUACGAUUUUGAAUUCACUCGAACUUUCAAUAACAGAGUAGAUUAUAUUGAAGUUGUAAAGGGGCACAAUUACUUGAAUUACUACGCCCUGCCAGGCCCAAUAAAAUAUAUGUGGCCCCCUCCAAGCUAUUAUACUUAUUUGUUGUACUACUACAUGGUUUACGUAUUGUAUGGCAUUAAUCGGACAUGCAAGAAGCAGAAACGUGGAAAUUUUACAAACCAAAUUGCUGCAAAGGUGAAGAGGGGAACGGUGAAUGGUGAGGGGAAAAUAAAUGCAAAUAAUAAGACACAGAAUACGGAAAAUGCCCCAAUGAUAGGAUCAUUAGACGGAUCAGCAGAACCAUCUGCGGGAAAUGCUAUCCAAUUUGAGGAAUUCGAAAAGUACCAAUCAUGCGAGCGUUCAGUCGAGGCAUCCUCUUUUGACUUCUUCACGCUGAGCCAAUCAGAGGGCAGCAAACCAAACGAGAAGUUCCAAUUAUUUGAGAGCAUUUUCAAGGAUAAGUUAAAUAAACACUCAGAAAAUUAUAAAAGCCUGGUUCGAUUAAAAAGAAAAAUGAAAUGUGUAGACUUGAACCGAUGGGAAGCAUCCAAAAAGGAAGCGCUUUUUCACCUUAGCAAUUCUAGGCAUCUUAUAAAUAGUGCCUCUUUAUGUGACAGGCCUGUGUUGCGGGGAGACAAAGCAAACGAAAAGUAUAUGGACAGGGAUAAUCACUUCGGAAAAGCUGGCAAAACGUGCAAAGGGCGUUCCAGGUGCAACGGGCAUAGCACAUUGCUGAAUAAUUUUAUCCUUUCAGUAAUUCCUCAUAUAGCACACCAUGGAAACAGAAUUGCAAAUAAACUCAACAAGACUGUUCUGAAGUACAGCUUCUAUUCCAUUAUAGAGGAGCUCGAGAAUAAGGAGAAAUCGUGCUAUGUCUAUCUGAGUAGCAACAACAAGAUGAGCGUAAUAAGUGUGAGCAAGUGUCGUGAUCAAUUUUGCCUCCUAAACGCAUUAAAAAAUGACCCUCUUUUUGGCAGCCACAGAUAUGUCAAUUGCCCGCUAGUGAUUUAUCGGCAUGUAGGAUUAUCCCGUUUUGCAGAUGACAACAAUUCCCACUUGCAUCACACGGUGCACAACAUGGGAUUGUGCAUACACAUCGUGUGCAGCCAAAUAUGGAAAAGAGAAAAAAAAAUGACGUUACCUAUCAAGGGGGAGACAAAUACAUCAGGGAUGGCAGAAGGACAGGCCAAGUUGGAAGAAAUUGGAAGAAACAAACGGAACACAAAUAAUGCCAAUUCGUCUCCAUCCCCGUCGUCAUACGACAUAAUAAGCUUCAAAAUAAACAGCUACAUUAACACCAUUUUAUUUAAAUAUUUCAAACUGUACAGUGAUGCAUACUCUUACAAGAAUGGGAAGUAUCAACCGAUGUAUGACUCAAAAUGGAGAAAAAAAAAACUUGGAGGAAUCAUCAUUAACAUUAUAACGAAGUACGUCACUUGGAACAUGUUCGCUACGAACAUUUUGGAAAUGGUUUUGUAUAAAUCUCUUAACAAGCUGAACGACCUCUACGUUGCGUCAUAUAAAGUUAUUUAUAACUAUGUCACAAGAAUGAGUAAUUCUCCAUACUAUGACAGGUUUACUCGAAAGGGCAGAGACGAUACCAUUUUGAAUAUAUCCGCUGCGGUAUUAUACUCCCUCUUCUUGUCCAAGCGAUACAAAGAGAGGGGCACUAUGAGCAGGUUAGACGAUGCCCUGUUUCGUCGAGUGUUUGGUGUGAACCAUUCCCAUCUGGAUGAAGAACCGUAUUUGCGCGAUUAUAGGACAGGAACGGAGGGAACGAAGCGGAAAGAUGGAGAGAAGGAAAACAGAGAGGCGGUAAAAUCGAACGAAAAAGUAAAGAAAAAAUUCAUUUCAUUUCUCAACGAAAUGGGCGCAAAUGUGUCACCGAGCGACGCGUCCAAAAAUGACCUUCUGAAGGCAGGUGUAAAGGAUGAGCGCGUUUACUGCUCGGUUCUGCAUUUGUUGAGGCUGACAAAGGCGGCGGAUGCGUGCACAGCAGAGUCUGCAGGAGCGACCGAAGUUGCUGCCCACGAGGGAUCACCCCACAUAUUAUGUAACAACGCGACUGGCGGUAGAAUUCCCCCUUUCGACGUCAACACUGAUUACGCGUACAAAAUAAACUGCAACGUGUACUACGCUGGCCUAUACCUGCUGUGUGUGCUGAGGAGGAGGCAAGUCUUCCACCUCAUGCUUCUCCUAAAAAUGAUGCGAAAGUUUUGCAAAUUUCACAUCGCAGAGGUUGUUAUCAACAUUAUAAGGAAGAUGGAUCCCUACGUCAGCGCCAUCCUGAUGUAUGCCCUGGGCAAUUAUAUGCCUCACGAUUUUAUGCAACUUUGUUUACCAAACCAGAGGUACAACAUCUGCUCCUUAUUCAUCAUUAAUGUACAGAACUAUCUAGGGAUAUACAACGUUCGGAAAUUUUAUUGCAUGUACUUUCUCUGUAUGAGUCUCAGAAAUAAUAUUAAGUAUGCAGAGGACCUUAUCAAUUUCAUGUCCAUACUUUUUUAUACUCUAUUUGAAACAAAAGGGACAGACUACCCAUUUCAUUGCAACUAUUUUGGAUUGGACGAAACAACAAAAAGAAAAAUUAUGGAGAACGCCUUAAUAGAAAUGCACAGCACUUGUGCCAACCACAACAAUUUCCUCUUCCUCCUUGUGUGCGCAGACUGUUUUAACAAUAUCAAAUUGGGGAAUGCAGAUGGGAUGGGUCUGUUCCAAUUUUUACUAGGAAGUUCCAACACCGGUGACGCUAUGCUGAGCAGAACAAGUCGCGCCUCAGAGAAUGGCAGCAAUAAUCAGAACAAUCAUUACAUACACGAUGAAGAGGCACUGCACACAGAGGGAAGAAAUAGACUGUCCCUGAAAAUAAAAACCUUCGCUUUCAAAAAAUUCCAAAUGAACAAAAUUGUCUGCGAGUUUUUUUACAACCAGGAUAUGAUAGUGUUUUUGUUAAACAAUAUUGAUUCGUUCUCUAAGCUGCACACGUGUAAUAUCUCCGUCUUGGGGUGCGCACCCAAUCAGAGGGGACUCCCUGCUUCAACACCAGAAGACGAACAAAGUGUGGACCUCGCAGAAGUGAAAAACAUCUACAUCAGGUUUAUUCUUCUCGUGCAAAACAUAGUGUGCUAUUACAUUUACAACAUGCUGUGGUUCGAACUCUAUUACUUUGUCACGGGCCUAAAGGUGGACGUUCUCUCCUUUUUCUCACAUUCAUAUUUUUUCAAGUCGAAUUUGUUCCAGAACGUGUUUUGGGGCAUAUGCCCCGUCGAUGUUUCCCUACAUCGCUACACUGAUUGGGAGUUUCAUUUUGUAAAUUUAGAAAACUCACGAACGAUGCCACAUGGUCCUGAAUCAACCCAUAUGGGUAGCCCCAUGUGGGAAGAACAGACGGGACCCGUUAAGCAUACCUACGAGGACAACCAUCGUAUGGGAAAAGAAAACUAUGGGGAUUGUAAAAAAAGCAAAGAAAACAAAGGAAAUGGUCCUAAGAUAAACCCCCCCAGCGGUAGUAAUAAAGACCAUCGUGAGGUAGAACACCCCAGUGGGGAAAAACUCCAGGGAGACGGUGACGGACAAGCACGUGUACCACAAAACAUGUCCAGCACUUUCAAAGAGAACUAUCAAGAAUACACGAAAUAUAUUAACCAUAUGAAAAUGCUUGGAACAAUUUUUAACAAAUUGGAAAAAGAAAACCAAGUUAUUAAUAAAUCUUUUUCACAGCAUGGAUCACAAAAGUGCUUUCUCAUCGAUAUAUAUAAAUCUUUUAAGAGCCAUUUUAAUAUAAGCUUCUGGGAGACGAAGAAGGAACACCUCAAAAGGAUGGACACGUGCAGCGUGAGCGAAGAAUACAUGCGCAAUGUGUCCAAGACGGAAAUACAAAAUGAAAAAAACAAGUAUUGCAGCAAUUUAUAUUCAUACAAUAUAUACAAUAAACUUACAAAUUACACUUUUCUAGAAACACAUUUGGCCCCAUCUGUUUAUAAAUAUAUACCUAUUUACAACACGUUAAAAUAUUUGUACUAUUUUUUUCGUGUGUGUAAUGUGAAGAAUACGGAAUACUCCAAGAAGUAUUUAAAAUAUAAAAUUAAGAAAAGAAUUUAUAAUUAUAUUUGUUCCACUAUUGUUGAUCUUAAAGAGAAUGCAAAGUGUGAUGAUAAAAAUGUUGGACAGAAAAAAAAAAAAAAUAAUAAAAUUUCAUUUAUUGAAACUUGCUGCAUUCACAAAAAUGACAUGAUAUGGUUUUUAUUAAGAAUUUUUUUAUUGUUAAAAUUGCCCAUUCAUGCUUUGGCCCUAACGUUGUAUUGCAAAAAUUACGUGAUGCUGAACAUUUUGAUGAGCAUAUUUCCCCAUCUGUACCACAUUGUCAACUACAUUUUAAAUAUGAAUGGCACCCAUUUUUUAUAUAAGAAAAAGGAACAAAGUGCGAAAAGGCAAAACGGAACCAACGUAAAACAUGAAUCGAGUGAAAAUGUUAAUUUUAUCUUAACCAGUGAAGAAUUCAAUAGGAAGCUUUGCGAGUACUGUUAUGAGCAUAUUCUCCACUACAAGCGGAAAAGCAUAACGCCUUUUUCAAAAAAAAUGUGUCAAAAAAUUUAUGGAAAAAAAAUCUCAGACGGGGAGGACAUCUCCAGUAUGUAUGACCAUUAUAUGUCAUGCGAAUGUUUGAACAAUUUAAUUUUCUUGAGGAAGAAGUUGUCUGAUUUGAGAAGAAGCAUAUGA